AUUUACGAGUACACAGUGCGCAAAGAAAAAUAUUUUUCGACUUUCCGAGGUGGUUCGUUGGAUUUUUCUUGGAUCAAGAGAAAAUGAAGUUUAAGUGUGUGAUAAUCGUGUGCCUGGUUCAUCUCGUUCUGGGACAUGAGAACAGGGUUCAAGAUUCUAGUGCAAGCUCGUACGUUUCCAAUGCUGCUUCUCAGGACUUGGAAGCCUCGGCCAGUGGAUACGUAUUUAACAGAGGUGGAGGACUUGGAUCCUACGGUGGCUUUGGAGGAAUCAGAUCUGGAUUAUCCGGCGGCCUGAAUCAGUUAUCUGGAGGAUCCGGAUUUAUCUUUCCUACCAAGUAUAGCAUUGGUAGCACUGGCGGUGGCAUCGGGGGUGGCGUUGGGGGUGGAGUCGGAUUGGGGAAUUACAAUAAUUUCGGUGGCUACGAAGUAAUCGGCGACGAGGGUAUAGGCCUAGGCGGAGGGGGUGGUCUGGGUUUAGGUGGUAACAUCGGAGGUGGAGGUCUGGUAGGUGGUCUUGGUUACGGAAUUUCAAAAAACGGGAUUGGCCUGUCUGGACUAGGAACUGGUCUAGGAGGGGGUUUGGGAGCAGGUUCGGGUCUGGGGAUUUCGAAUUUGGGGGGCGGAAUAACGCAGACUGGUUCUCUGGGGUACGGAGGCAUCAACGGGGUUGGUCUUCAACAUGGACAGUUCAUACCAGCGACGGUCGGUCUUGGGGGAGUGGGUCUAGGAGGAGGUGGUGGAGUCGCUAGUGAAUCGUCCUUCGAAAAAGGUGCCGGCGAGGACUUCAAGGCUGUGAAGGAAGCGGCCGAGGGUGAAAAGGGCGAGAAAGGCUACAAGGCAGCUGAGGGUUUUGAUAAGGGUACGAAAGGUGCCGUGGCCCAGGCUCAGGACGGGGGGCAUUACAGUGAGUCUGGUGGUGCCAAGAAGGGCCAGGAGGAGGAGGCCAAGAAAUACGCCGCGAGCGAGGCUGGUACCAAGGGUGAGAAAGGGGAGAACUAUCACAAGAGCGAAGGUCACAAAAAGGGAUCCAAGACUACCGGCUUUCACAACGUCUAUCGCAAGGACGAAUACAAGAAGGACACCUCGUUCUACGACGAUGAGCAUCACAGCGGCGAGGAGCAAAAGUAUGGCUCCGAAAAGGUUCAUCAUUCGGCUGAGAAGGGCGCCCACGAGAAGGCUGAGAAGCUGGAUGCUGCUCAUCAGGAAGACGAGCACGCCAAGAAGGGUGGUUUCACUAAUGGGCAUCAAUAUGGCACCGUACAGGGACACGACCGGGAAGAAGGGGAGAAGGAGCAUUAUGGCAACGAAAUCGAAUACGCCAAAAAGGAUGCUCACGAGGCCGGUAAAGAAGCAGGUGUCUCGUCUGGUUCUUAUGGAAAGAAGAUUUAUUGAUUUUUUUAAUUGCCUGUUAUAUUUGUUACUCGUCGUGUUUCCUGUCCUGUCCAGAAGUAAUCUUCAGUUAAUGAAA